GGCUACCUGUGUUGUCAUUUACUAUGAUACAAAGAUGGCCGCCUACAUGGUAAAGACGAGAAAAACAACAAUAGAAAAGCAAUGACUCAUAUAUGAAGCUUGCGUUUAAGUUGUAGAUAAAUCAUGUCAGAGACAAAGCUCUCCAGUACCCAGAGGGCGAGAAUCGAGCGCAAUCGUCAACGAGCCCUUUUACUACGUAGCUCUAGACUUUCAAGUAGACCUUAUCCAGACCGUGAGGCGAAAUCAAGUCACGGGGAGGGGUCAGGGGGGAUCAGCCGAGUUGUGGAUACGGGGGGAGGAUUCCUACUCGACCCAGAGGACGAGGAAGAGGCGUGUGGACUACCCCAGAACAUCGUGGAAGACCCAGCCCCAAUACUAGGAGAGGACCAGAAAAUCUGCACUGAGUGUGGAAAAGAGUUUAUGGACUCAUUUCUUUACAGUACAUUUGAUGCACCCAUCUGUGAUAACUGCAGAGAUCAUAAGGAGAAACAUGCACUGAUAACAAAAACAGACGCCAAGCAGCAAUUUCUUUUGAAAGAUGCUGACUUCGAUAGGAGAGGGCCGCCCCUGAAAUACAAACUAAAGAAAAACCCUCAUUACGCAAGGGGUGACAUGAAACUUUAUCUCAAGUCGCAGGUAAUUGCACGUGCAUACGAAGUGUGGGGAAGUGAAGAGGGUCUACUGCAAGCAAAAGAAGAGAAAUCUGAAAAGCGAGAAGAGCAAAAGCAAAGAAAGUUUGACAAGAAAGUUAAAGAGCUACGUAAAGCUGUGAGGACAAGUACUUGGAGAAAAGACUUGUCCAAACAUACCCACGAAUUCCUUUCUGAAGGUAAAGAGGGUGGAGAAACUUAUGACAAACAAUUGGACACAUGGACCAAAACAUGCAAGACAUGUGGAUACAAACUGACCUAUGAAAAAAUGUGAUCAGAACCAGAGACAAAUAACAUUUAUAUCGAUCAUUCAACGGCAAUAUUCUCUUGUACAUAUUUACAUUCUUUUGAAUAUUCAAGUCCAUUGAAAGGAUGUUUUCCAAAGGCUGUGCUGUAUAAUUGAAACUAUAUUCAAAGCAAUGCACUUCCUAUUUACAUGUUAGAAAAUUGUACAAAAUGGGUGUAGAACUGUUAUCAUUCUUGAAAUGCUUGUAAAUACAUUAUUCAACAUUAUGUAAAUACAUUAUUCAACAGUA